GCUCAGCGCGAUGUUGGACUCCGCGUUCCUAUCAAUUACCAAACUGUGCCGGGAGUCUCGCUGACAGCGGCAUGCUUUGGUGAAAAUCAGUUUGAGCAUUUUGCUUUCAAAAGGUGCUUUUCCAAUUUGCUGGCCGUGGGGUUUCGCAGGUUUACUGUGGAUACCUAUUGGGAUCCUCUACGUCAAGUAUGGAGCUUGUGUCCUGUCGAGCUUCCUCAAGCGAAUGGGGCAUCUGCUUCUGCUUCGCCAGUGUCUUCGGCACCAACCAGUGCAGCGACUCCCACCAUCGUCGACUUUCCGAGUCCAGAUGGACCCCCAAUCUUGCAAGUUGGCAACUAUAAUUGCACUUCUCUCACGACAUUGGAUCUUCUCACGGGGAUAUUGGAAGAUUUCCUAGACGCAACCUCCACUACUACUGGUGCUGCUUUAGUCCUGCUUUCAUUCAAUGUGCAUGUCGCGUCCUCGAUUGCCAACCCCAAUGCCGAUGCUCCUCGCCUUUCUCAAGGCCAACUACCAGGGCAAGGAAAGCUCCUUAGCGAUAUACUGCGAGGAAAUCUCUCGGAUGAGUUGUACAAGCCCACCAACCUGGCUGACGACCGAGCGAAUCUGAACAAUUCUUGGUAUGAUGUCGAGUGGAACAAUCAGCCAGUACAUGGAUACUACGAGGGGUUGGUCGACGCUGAGGGUCACCUAUAUACGAAUAUCGGAUGGCCAACAGAAGCCUAUAUGGAGUUCAAAAAGCUGUUCCGUUUGGUCGCCAGCUAUGGCAGCAUCGACUCUCAAAUGGGCGAUUACAACACGACAGCCGACUCUGGCUACAUCUUCCCCACAGGCACCCUUUCGAACCAAAUCUCUACCUCGGUCGACUCAGACGGCAGCGUAACAUCCGGCUGUCUCUUUGACCCCUCUUCUACCAGUAUCACGACCCCAAACGCCUCCUGGGCCAUAUCCACCGCCCCGCAACUCGACCUACCCGCAACCCCAGACCUCUCCCUCCUCAUUCCCUCCAUCACCAACCUCACCCGCUGCGGCACAUCCCCCUUCCUCAACCAGACCCUCGCCAACGCCCCCGCAGACCGCAACCCCCUCCCCUACGCCGCCUUUGUCCACUCCACCCUCUGGUCCUUUGCCCCAGGCGAACCCCUCAACGCAACACAAAACGACGACACCAACAGCGUAAACCGCUGCGUCGUCAUGACAAAAUCCCAAUAUCCCAGCCGCUGGCGCACAACAGACUGUCGCGAGCCCCACCGCGUCGCCUGCCACGACCCUUCCUCCCCAUACGCCUGGCACCUCUCCCCCAGCACCUCCCCCUACGAAACCGCAGAAUCCCUCUGCAGCGCCCCCUCCCGCUUCAGCGUGCCCCACACCACCCUCGAAAACGCACACUUGUACUCCGCCCUAGCCGCCAGUUCUGAAGACAACGUUGUCUACAUCAAUCUGAACAGCAUCAACACGCCCGACUGCUGGGUCGAGGGUCGCAACUCGACGUGUCCGUAUCUCGCGAGUACAGAUACAGAUCGCACGCGCAUCGUCGUGGUGCCAACGGUGGCAGCGAUUAUUAUCUUUGUGCUUGCGGCGCUGACGUUUUUUGUCAAGUGUGCGGCGAAUCGCCGGGAUAAUGUUAGGGGGAGGAAGAGGAGGUUGGUGGAUGGGUGGGAGUAUGAGGGUGUACCUAGUUAA